AUGCAAGAGCAGAAUAAAAGAGUGCAGAAUGCAAGAGGCAGAAUGCAAGAUGCAAGAGGCAAGCACAAGAUGGUAAUGCAAGAGAAUGCAAGAGGCAGAAUAAGGGAAGAGAAGGCAAGAGGCAGAAGCUACAAACACAGCUACAACUACGCUACAAUCAGAGCCACAACUACAGCUACAACUACAGCUACAUUUAUAGCUAAAACUACAACUAUAUCUAGAGCUACAAUUAUAGUUACAACUAUAUCUAGAGCUACAAUUACAGUUAUAGCUGCAACUUCAAGUACAGCUGCAACCAAAGCUACAACUACAAUCGUAACUACAGCUACAACUACAGCUAAAACCACAACUACAAUUACAGCUACCGCUACAACUACAGCUACCGCCACAACUACAGCUACAACUACAACUAUAUUAACAACUACAAUUACAGCUACAACUACAACUACAAUUACAGCUACAACUACAACUAUAUUAACAACUACAAUUACAGCUACAACUACAACUAUAUUAACAACUACAAUUACAGCUACAACUACAACUAUAUUAACAACUACAAUUACAGCUACAACUACAACUAUAUUAACAACUACAAUUACAGCUACAACUACAACUAUAUUAACAACUACAAUUACAGCUACAACUACAACUAUAUUAACAACUACAAUUACAGCUACAACUACAACUAUAUUAACAACUACAACUAUAUUAACAACUACAAUUACAGUUAGAACUACAACUAUAUUAACAGCUACAAUUACAGCUACAACUAUAUUAACAACUACAAUUACAGCUACAACUACAACUAUAUUAACAACUACAACUACAACUAUAUUAACAAUAACUACAGCUCUCGCUAUAAAUACAGCUAGUCACAACUACAACUACAUCUAUAGCCACAAAUAUAGCUACAGCUACAUCUAUAGUUACAGCUACAGUUAUAACUACAGCUACAGUUACAACUACAGCUACAACUACAGCUACAACUGUAGCUACAACUACAGCUACAGAUAUAUCUACAAGUUCCACUAUUCAGAUACAACUGGAGCUACAGCUAUAUCUACAAGUACAAGUACAGAUACACCUACAACCAAAUCUACAACAUAUACUACAUCUAAAACUACAGCUACAACAACAGCUACAGCUGCAACUACAACUAAGACUACAGCUUCAAUCUAA